GGCGACACUGCUGCCAUCCUCAGAGCUCAGAGCAGGGUGUGUUUGUUUUCUAUCUCACAGCAGGAUGAGCGUGAUGAAGCAAGUGUUGAUGGUGCUGCUGCUGGUGGCGGUCGGGUCCAGCGCAGACGUAGAAGUUGAACCAACCAAGGCACCCGACCACUGCGAUGGCUUGAAGAACAAAGUCCCACUUAAAGACCUGCACAAGUACAACGGUGAGUGGGUUCUGUUCUGGUCCGUGUCUGAUCACGACAACGGCCACAACAUGCUGUCAGUCCUCCGGAGCUCCCACGUCGAGAUGAGCUCUGACAACAUAACCUUUGUCAUGACGGAGAGGAACUUGUACACUUCCGGUCCAAACCGUCGUGAUUUCUUCAUCAACGAGACGCUGCCCUCCGACCCUGUGCAAUUCCAUAUCCACGCCGACACCGUCAGGUUGGAGGUUGACGGAAAACAUGAGGACUACAAUGACACCGCUGACCUAGCCUUCUAUGAAGGCUGCCCUGACUGCAUGCUGAUGACCUAUAAAGUGGAAGAGGGCUUCUACCUGCUCGUCUACAUCAAGGAUGGGAAGCAUCAGGACGCUGAGAAGCUGAAGACCGUCCAUGAUGACCACAAGAAACAGGCUGAGUGUCUGGGCUUCCCUCACAGCAAACCGUACAGCUACGACGGGGUUACAGAUUUCGCUCAUAAGAAAUCUUCUCCAGACGUUGCUACAGAGGCUCCUGUUCUUGAGCGGCCCUGAACCAACAGGAAUCAAAAUAAAAGCAAAUGAUGAACCUGAA